AUGAAACAAAUGGCAGCACGAGAUAUUGAAGAUAUUUUGCAGUGUGCCAUUCCUGUCUUUGAUGGUCUUCUUCCAGAGCCACAUAACGGACAGGUUCUCAAACUCCUAUUCAUCGCUGAGCAUUGGCACAGUUUGGCCAAACUGCGUAUGCACACCGAUUGUACUCUCCAGCUUCUGGACGAUGUCACUGUCUCAUUGGGAGACACGCUGCGUCAUUUCAGUGAGCAAACGUGCAAAGCCUUUCCAACGAGGGAGCUUCAACGAGAGGCGGAAGCUCGGGCUCGCCGUGAAAGUAAGAAGAUGGCAGCGCGGGCAGACGAAGCUCCUGUGUUUCCGAGAUCCGGCGGAACUGCUCGUAAGCCGAAGGCAUUCAACCUCGAUACUUACAAGGCCCACGCGCUUGGUGACUACCCUGCAACUAUCAGAUGGCUUGGCACCACAGAUUCAUACUCGACGGAGCCGGGAGAGCUUGAGCACCGCACUUCUAAGGCGCGGUAUGCUCGCACUAGUCGCAAGCAAUAUAUCAGACAAAUUACCCAGAUAGAGCGACGUCAAGCACGAAUUCGCCGCAUUCGGGAACGGUCCCAGAAGAAAGUCAGGCACUACCAGGAUGAAGGAAGUCUUGAUGCGGUGGAUGUGCAUUAUGCGAUGGGAAAGUCACAAAAUCAUCCUGUGUAUAUUCCAGAUUUUGUGCGCAGAAAUACAGGCGAUCCAGCUACCAAGGAUUUUGUUGCGAAGCUGAAGAAACAUUUACUCCCACGCAUCAAGGCGAUGAUAGGCAGAGAGGCAACAUUUUCUGGUCAAGAACAAUCGCCCUUGGUACCUGUGAUCGAAGACAAUUCCGCACGCCGCGACCAUGAUUCUGUGUUCUUCAAAGGCGACCGCAUGUACGAGCACCAUAUCUUAAAAGUCAAUUAUACAACAUACGAUGUUCGGCGAUCACACGAUAUCAUCAACCCUUCUACGGACAAUCGGGACAUCUUAUUGCUAGCCAGGUUUGAUGAUCUCGAAGAUGCCACUUCUAUGCACCCAUUCUUGUAUGCGCGCGUUCUUGGUAUCUACCAUGUCAACGUUGUGUAUACAGGGACUGGCAUGGCCGAUUACACUCCGCGGAGACUGGAUUUUCUCUGGGUGCGAUGGUUCCAGUACGUCGGAGAUUCGAGAAAUUGGAGCCAACACAAGCUCGACACUGUUGAAUUUCCCCCGAUGGCAGACGAAGAGACUUUCGGAUUCAUCGAUCCGGAUGACGUUCUACGUGCCUGUCAUAUUAUUCCAACCUUCAAAGGAGGGAAGAUUCAUGCGGAUGAGAUUGGUCUCUCACACUGUGCUAACGAUGCGGAAGAUUGGCGAUUUUACCAUGUUAAUAGAUUUGUUGAUCGGGACAUGCUGAUGCGCUACCAUCGAGGCUUAGGGAUAGGACAUGUUCACGCAGACGGUCCUACGCCAAUUGUCUUGAGUGCCGUUUGCACAAAUCCUCUUGAAGGUUCCAACGACAUUUCCGACUCAGGAAUGAGCGUCGAUAUCGAGGCAGAUGGACUCUCGUCUGCUCCACCGGAUGGUAUCUUACAGGCUGAGGGGGAAGACUCCGACGAUGACAACCUGGAGUUGACUCUUGAGAAUUUGGAGGAUGACAUGUGGGAUUCGGACAGUGAGGACAACGAAGAGCCAGAGUUGGAUGACUCUGAUUCUGAGGAGAUGUGA